CGGCGCAUGCGCGCUCCGUGCUGUCUUCUCCGGGCCAGAGCAGCAGCGGCGGCGGCGGCGUUUGAGUGGAGGAAGAUGGCGGCCCCGAGCGACUCGGUGUCCCGCCAGCUGUGAGGAGCCCCGAGUGCUGCAAGCGCGGCCUAGGGCGGAGCGCCUCUGCUCUGGUCCCAUCCCUGGCUCCCUCACUGCCUUCGCCAGCAGAGCGUAUUUGAGAGCGUGGCGCGGGCUGGACCAGCUGUCAAGUGGAAUGUCAUGGCCAGCUCCUCGGACAGUGAAGAUGACAGUUUCAUGGCUGUGGACCAAGAAGAAACUGUGUUGGAAGGGACAAUGGAGCAAGAUGAGGAGCCCCACCCAGUAUUGGAGGCUGAGGAGACUAGACAUAAUAGGUCCAUGUCUGAGCUGCCAGAAGAGGUUUUGGAGUAUAUACUAUCCUUUCUUUCACCUUACCAAGAACACAAAACUGCAGCCCUUGUCUGCAAACAGUGGUAUCGACUUAUUAAAGGUGUAGCCCACCAGUGUUAUCAUGGUUUCAUAAAGGCUGUUCAGGAAGGAAACAUUCAGUGGGAGAGUCGGACUUACCCUUAUCCUGGAACCCCAAUCACUCAGCGGUUCUCACACAGUGCAUGCUAUUAUGAUGCUAAUCAGUCUAUGUAUGUGUUUGGAGGCUGUACCCAGAGCAGCUGCAAUGCUGCCUUCAAUGACCUCUGGAGACUCGACCUAAAUAGCAAAGAGUGGAUCCGACCUUUAGCUUCAGGGUCCUAUCCUUCCCCCAAAGCUGGAGCGACUCUGGUUGUAUACAAGGACCUGCUGGUGCUGUUCGGUGGCUGGACUCGGCCAAGCCCUUAUCCCCUACACCAACCAGAGAGAUUCUUUGAUGAAAUACAUACUUACUCACCCUCUAAAAAUUGGUGGAACUGCAUUGUGACGACUCAUGGCCCACCUCCCAUGGCCGGGCAUUCGUCUUGUGUGAUAGAUGAUAAAAUGAUUGUCUUUGGUGGCUCCCUAGGAUCCCGGCAAAUGAGCAAUGAUGUCUGGGUCCUUGACCUCGAGCAGUGGGCGUGGUCCAAGCCGAACAUCUCUGGCCCCAGUCCUCAUCCUCGAGGUGGCCAAUCUCAGAUUGUCAUAGAUGAUGCAACUAUCUUAAUCCUUGGGGGAUGUGGCGGUCCUAAUGCUCUGUUCAAAGAUGCUUGGUUGUUGCACAUGCACUCAGGUCCCUGGGCCUGGCAGCCACUCAAGGUAGAAAAUGAAGAUCAUGGGGCCCCAGAACUGUGGUGCCAUCCAGCUUGCCGGGUAGGGCAAUGUGUGGUGGUCUUCAGCCAGGCUCCUAGUGGGAGAGCCCCACUCAGCCCCAGUUUGAACUCUCGCCCAUCACCCAUCAGUGCCACUCCUCCAGCCCUGGUUCCCGAAACCCGAGAAUACCGUUCUCAGUCUCCAGUAAGGAAUAUGGAUGAAGCUCCCUGUGUUAAUGGUCGCUGGGGAACACUGAGGCCCAGAGCUCAAAGGCAGACCCCCUCAAGUUCCCGAGAAGGAAGCCUCUCUCCAGCCAGAGGAGAUGGCUCUCCCAUCCUCAAUGGUGGGAGCUUAUCUCCAGGAUCAGCAGCUGUAGGUGGCUCUUCCUUGGACAGCCCUGUACAGGCUAUAUCUCCUAGCACUCCAUCUACCACCGAAGGAUAUGACCUAAAAAUGGGACUUUCUUUGGCCCCCAGACGAGGGUCACUACCAGACCAGAAAGAUCUAAGAUUAGGAUCAAUAGAUCUGAAUUGGGAUCUGAAACCGGCUUCCACUAGCAAUCAUAUGGAUGGUGUGGACAACAGGACAGUUGGAGGAAGUAUGAGACACCCUCCCGAACAGACAAAUGGUGUGCAUACCCCACCCCAUGUGGCCAGUGCCCUCGCUGGAGCCGUUUCCCCAAGCGCCCUGCGUCGGAGCCUAGAAGCCAUCAAAGCAAUGUCAUCCAAAGGCCCACCAGCCUCCGCAGCACUAAGUCCUCCUCUGGGCUCUUCUCCAGGCUCCCCUGGGAGCCAGAACCUGAGCAGUGGAGAAACAGUACCCGUUCCCCGCCCAGGGCCUGCCCAAGGAGAUGGACAUUCCUUACCUCCCAUCGCCCGCCGCCUGGGGCACCACCCUCCACAGUCCCUAAAUGUUGGCAAACCUUUGUACCAGAGUAUGAACUGCAAGCCCAUGCAGAUGUACGUGCUGGACAUUAAAGACACCAAGGAGAAGGGGCGAGUCAAAUGGAAAGUAUUUAAUAGCAGUUCUGUGGUUGGACCUCCUGAAACUAGCCUGCAUACAGUGGUACAAGGCAGGGGUGAACUCAUCAUAUUUGGAGGACUCAUGGACAAGAAACAGAAUGUGAAGUACUAUCCAAAAACAAACGCCUUGUACUUUGUGCGAGCAAAGAGAUAAUAUGUUCUAAAACUCUUUCCCUUUCUGUGGCUUUUAAUCUGGAAUUUUCCAGUGUGCAAGCAUUCGGACUGAGGAUUGAGAAAACAGAAGGACAAAAUUACCCUCAUGAACCAAAACCCCGAUUCCCAACCUUGCUCACUCUAGGCUGGGAUCAAAUCUCCAUUAAGAAAAAAUUAUAUAAGUAUAUAAAUAUAUAUUAUAUAGACAACUCUGUUUACAAAGAGGGAGAGCUCUCCGUCCUGGUUCAGAUAAAAUUGUUGCUGUGUUUUAGCAGAGGCUGCGCUGCCUUUUUCUACCUUGCUGGUCUGGUAACUGGACCAAGAAUUUAGGGAACAGACUAAUACCAGAACUUUCCUAAAGAAGCUGAAGAACCACCUGUAAGUCUUAUUUGGCCUUUGCAGAGUUAGAAAAAGAAAGGUCAUGUGUAAGAUGCACAGGUAGAGGUUUCAGAUCCACAUGCUUCAGGUGCUGGCAGGGUGAAAGUGACCUGUAGAAAACUCUUCCCCCCGCCCCCUUCCCCAGAGGACCUGUGAAAACUCCUUGCAGUAAUGCCCUGUGCCGGGCUCCAUUCUGCCCUUUGUGACUGAAGAAAGUCACCCAACAAGGGAUCUUGUUCCACAUUUGUGUGCCAGGAUCAUCAAGAAGCAAUGUUUAUGCAGCAGCACCUGUCCACCUAGUGUCCAUUGGUCUUUGAGUGCUCCCGCCACAUUUCAGAAAACAUUCUGGUGUCUGAAUGUGGAAUUUUCUGACAGUCUUAUUUGGUUGCAGUUGCCAAAAACCACAUUUGUUCUCUUUUUUUCCUUUCCUUAUAACUUGAUCCUCAGAGGCUGCCUUUUCCAUUUAUACACUUUUCCUUCCUUCCUCUCUUCCCCUUUUUCUUUCAUUUAUGGAUUUUUUUUUUUAAGCCCUAAAAUCUUUCUCAGUUUCUUUUGACAAAGCUUGGGUACCCAGAGAAAUCUCUUAGAAAUAUUUCUGGAACCCUUUUUCUGGCGUCACUAGGGGGCCAGUCGGGAAUUUCAAGAUACUGGUAUCGUGAGAAAUCCUUGAAGCAUCAAAAAUUACUGUUUUGUUCCUUAUGGUUCUUUCUGUUUCCAAAGCACAUUGGACAUACCCAUCCAUGUUUGUAGAAUGUGGAAAUUAAUCUUGGGAGAAAAUCCUAAACACUACCUUUUAGAAAUGAUUUUUGCCCUUAAUUGUGAUAUUCAUUCUUCUGUCUGGCUGUUGAGUGUGUUUGGGUUGAAUAUCAUGUGCUUGGCCUCUUCGAUGCAUGGCUUACCUUGGGAGCAGCUCCUUUGUGAUUGUAUUGUUCACCCGUCACCCAGACAAGGCUUGGGUUUUUACUUUCAUGUCCUUUCUGAGAUAAUGUGUAACCAACUAGAGCAUUUCUUCGGUUGAUACAGGAAAGUACAAGCUUCCAGUCUCUAAAGCAGAGUCUGGACGUAGGAGAUCUCGUUGACACCACUUAAAUGUGGAUUUUUUCUUUCUUGCUUUUUUUAUUUUUUUUUGGUGAUCUCUCAUCAGUGGAAAGAGAAUUUUUAUUUUGCCUUUAGGUCUUAAAUAUCGAAACAUUGCAUUUCUCAUCCCCACACUCCCCUUUUUCUUAUUAGCAUUUCCCAAGAAGAAGCCUGCUACAGCUGGCCCUGGGUCCUGGCUCCCAGCCAGCUCCUAGCAGUCUUUUAAGUAUGUUUUCUCCUGUUACAUCAUGUUGAAUCCUUUCUCCUAGCCAUUAGCUUUUACAGUGUGGUCUUGAUGGCAAAGCCCCCUGGUGCCAAGCCCACGAAAGGGCCAGCUCAUGGGGAGGCAUGUGUUCCAGAAACUGCUGUCUGUGCUCCUUUAGAUACGGAGACUACCAUGUGCCUACUCACUGUGGUGUCCAACUGCUCCCAGCUCAGCACUUAGCUUUCCAGACUCUCUGCUCUGGGCCUGUCGCCAAUCCUUCUUUAGCAGAGACUGUUAGCCCGUGCCGGGGUCCUGAUUCACAAGAGAAAGCUAGCCUAGAUUAGCAAUUUCAGCAUUACUACUCUUGCUGAACUUUCUUUAUGACGUUGCAUUUGUGCAUGGACAGUGCCUCCACACUCAGUUCCUACUUAAACAGAUAGUAUUUGGAAGCCUGAAAGUUCAGAAUCUCAACUUUGUCGUCUUUCCCUUUGUCCUGUGGCCUUCCUAAGCGCUCUUAACUUGCUGAUUCCUUCUACUUUCCCCAAGUAGGCAGGCAACAGAGACAGUAUCUCUCUUAGAAAGUAGCUUGGCUCCUCGGAACUUCAUGGCAUCCCAGUAUUACCAACUCCACUUGGAACCAGACUGUCAGUUUACAGCUCUCCAAGAAAAAUCUGCCUCUUCCACACCGGGCGGUGGGUCCUGGUGGCUCCUAGGCACUGUGGGCGUGUACCUUGGGAGAGCGACUCGGCGCAGUCACGGUGUCUCCUCAGGCCCUCGUGCAGCCACGUGAGCAGUGAAACUUCAGGCGUCUCAGCUGAGGUGACUGUUUCCACAGCACCAUGGAUGCUUCAGUCAGAUCAGAUUUAACCACAGCUCUGGUUUUGACAUGAUGCCAAUUUUGUCUUAAAAUUCACUGAGGAAAAUGAGACAAAAUAUUUUUUUAAACCCUCAGGAGCACCUAAAGUAAAUAUUUAUCAGUAUUUAAGUAUUUAAAAUACGUUUUGUUUCUACUUGAAGCUUUAACCCCUUCCAUUCCUGCAAGUGUGCCUUGAGAGCCCCCACGUCAUAUUGACUCUACUGGCCACCUUGUUGACCUCGUGAGAAUUUUAGUCACUUCCUACCCUCUUGAACAGAGCUUCCUGUUUUCUCAUUUUGCAGGCUGUGCAGCAGGGAGGGUUCUCUGUUUUUUUCUCAUGUUUCUACCCUGCUUCUGCACUUGGGUGAUGGGCUUCACAACUCCCCCACCCCCACACCACAUUUGGGAGCGCAAAUUUGGUGUCAGAACAAGCUUAAAUUCAGUUGUGAGGCAAUAGUGGGCUUUAGUACCCUCUUCCCAGCCCUCUACGGAUUGAUUUGAUUUUAAUGUUUGAGUUUUAUAUCAAGAGCUGAAACCAUGAACUAUCUUAGGACUGUGUUGAAACUCUUUAAAAGAAGAAGAGGAAGAAAGAAAAGCAACUCAAGUCUUGACUUUGAAGGACAGAAAGCCACCAGCUGAUGGAAAAAAGGGGAUGCUUCCCUUUCCUUUGCCUGAAUCUUUCUGGGUUUCCUUCUGCUUUGCUUCUUUCCUUCCCCUUCAAAGAGAUAUUCCUGGUUGGUUUGUCUGUCUGUCCCUGUCCUUGUGGUGAUGCUGGCAUGAUUGAUGUGCCCUGCUUUGUGUUACCUGUGGUCUCUUACCAGCGCACAAGUCAGUGGGGAGGAUCUGAACACACCCUGGGGCAAGGAAGCCGAAAGUCCAGGCCCGCACCCCAUGCAGCCUCCCCGGGAACUGCAGAAGGCAUGUUCUGCAUGGUCACCUGUAAGUGGCUCCAUCUCACCACAUUCAUUGUCAAAUGAGAGCAACCCUUAGGCACUGGCUCCGCUGUACCCUCUCUCUUCGCUCUGCUCCCCUCCCACCAACCAGGGUUCAUGUCAGUGCACACCUGCUGUGCCCUGGCGAAGCUGGUGCUGUGAGUGAUGUGUCCCCUACACCUCAGGGGUCCUGGGUGGCUUACCCUGAGAUGAUCAUUUUAGGCACAUAAUGGUGUAGGAAUGAAAAGUGGAUUUGAUUUCAUUGAUAUUUAAAUCUCUGUCAGUUUUAUUUUUUGUUAAUGUUUUCCCCUGAUGACUUUUUAGCAAUUUAACAAAUAAAACAAAAUGGAUGGAACUGUC